AUGCACCAUGGGGCAGCGAGGGGCGACUUCACCAUCAAAUAUGCAAAACUGUGCUUUGGGCUCACACCCUGGUCCAGUCUUCUAGAAAUCUUCUUUAACCGUAGACUGUACACAUAUGUUGGGGGAAUGUGCGGUGCCAACUGGAUGACAUCUGGAGAGCAGCAAGAUCUCUUCUCUGAGUGUAUUUGCAAGCGGACCAAAACACACACAUCCCCGCGAACACAUUCCCCUCCGAGGCGCGGCCCUGGAUCUGACACUUGCUCCGUGACACCGGGACACGGAGCUCAUCAUCCCCCGAUCAUGUGGCGUGGUUGCUGGACCAUGGUGCUGCUAGUCAGGUUCGCUCCUGCAGACAUCAGCAGUGGGACGUCGGACUGUAUCCCAGAGUUGCCGUCUAUGUCCUCUGUGAUAGACCCCCAGAGGGCCCAGCAGACUCACCGCGCUCACCUGGAGGCGCUGUUCAACAGAUAUGGGGAGAACGGCUCCAUCUCGCUGGCUGGACUCAGACGCCUGCUGCAGAGUCUGGGUCUGGACCGGGUCAGGAACGUGACCGUGCAACACCGCGAGAAGGCAGGCCGCCAUCAUUAUGGUCAUCGCCAUGGCAACCACAGUGACCAUCACCACCACCAUCAUCACCAUCAUCACCACCACGACCAGGGCAACCACACAGACCAGCCAAGAGACGAAAACCAGCCAUCAGACAGCAGUGACAACCACAACCACGUGAGCCACGACCACGUGAGCCACGACCACCAGGACCGCGAGGGUCACAACCACGACGACCAUAAGGGUCACAACCACGACGACCACAACCCUGAUGACCACAACCACAAUAAUGUAGCUCAGGACCAAAAGUCUGAUUUGUUGAAUAAGAAGUCACUAAAUGAAGCUGGGACAAAACCAGUAAAGGAAACGUUUAAGAACCGUGGACCAGAAGCCACCACAGCCUCCGGAGUAAGGAGGGUGAGGCGUGAGGAAGACUCCAGCGCUCUGAGCUCCAUCACCUCGCCGCAGGAGGAGACCCAGCCGGGGCACACUCAGUGCCUGAGCGCCUCCUCCAUGCUCUCCUCUCACGGUCUGGCCCCAGAGGCAGGACUGACCCUGGAGGACUUUGGCCUGCUCUGCCCCUCUCUGCUGGACCAGCUGGAUCUAGGGGCAUGUGUGCGGCACGGGGAGGCCAGCCAUCACCAUGGAAACCACAGCCACCUGGAGCAUGACCACACCCCUACUGGAGAAAGCAGGAACAUCGCCAUCGCCUGGGCGGGCGGAUUCACCUCCAUCACCAUCAUCAGCCUGCUCUCUCUGCUGGGGGUGAUCCUGAUCCCCCUCAUGAACAAGGUCUUCUUCAACUUCUUGCUAAGCUUCCUGGUGGCUCUUGCUGUGGGCACGCUGAGUGGAGACGCCUUCUUGCAUCUCAUCCCACAUUCUCUCGUGGGACACCAUCACCACCACCACUCGCAGAGCACGGACGACCUUCUCCAUCACCAUGACAACCAUGAGGGACAUGCGGAGGACAGCAUGGACGGCGUGUGGAAGGGCCUGACCGCUCUGUCCGGGGUCUACAUCAUGUUCCUCAUCGAACACUUCCUCACACUGGGCAAGAUGUACAAGGACAAGAAGAACAAGAAAAAAGUGGAGCUUCCAGACAAAGCAGAGGAGCAGGCGGCUCUGAACGAGGACCUGCUCAAGAACCACGAGGGACACCGGGUCAGCCACACGUCCAUGUCUGCCCGGUGUCGUGCUCCCACCACCGGCUAG